CCGACGGUUCGGGCACUGCAUACUAACAUGAGUCAUGCCCCACGCUCUUGUCGAAUCCCAAGAGUCGAACUGAGUUCCACAUUGUGAAAGCAUGUGCUCCAUACAAGUGCCUAUUCCGAAGGGAAGAGUCAAGGAAAAGAAGUCAGACAAAGAAAAGGAAGGGUAUGGAAGUUGUUUCUCUCCAGGUGGUUUGUUGAGGGUCAAGUUAGUCGGCGGUGAAGAAGUGAUAGAUCACAUGGCCUUAUCCACUGCAAUUUACAAGUCGAGAUACGUAGUCUUUGUAUUUCUCUUUCUCUCUCUCUCUCUCUCUCUCUCUCUCUUUUCAACCAGCGUCGGCUUUUUUUUCUCAGUGUUUUCUUCUUCUUCUUCUUCUUCUUCUUCUUCUUCUUCUUCUUCUUCUCUUAGUGUCUGGUCUUUCCCCUCUUUAGAGCAAGUUUUCGUCCUUUAGAUCGGGUAACUAACAGACUCUAUCGAUCUUUCCCUGACUAGCACGGAAUUUGUGAUCUGCAGGGGUAGAGUCGGGAUUUGGACUGUUUAAUUUCACGGGUGUUCCUAUCCGGCACAUUGAUACUUAGCUAGGUCGGACGGCAGCCUGCGGGAUUUCCUAUCUAUGCCCA